CUUCCGGUGGAUGCUAUGGAAACAUCACCAAUAUUUCUGUUUUCACGCUGCUUGUAUGACUGCGCGGGUCGCUCUCGUUUGUUCGUGCUACGGCGGGGUGUGUGAAAGCCCAGGAGCGGUUCUCGCGCUCGCUGCUCCUCUUUCAGCUGAACGGCUGUGCCGUCUAACCUCGCGCAGCUUCAUUGUAAAGUAACAGCAAUCCUCUGGCGCACUCGAAGGACAUGGCAGCCGCGACCGUGGCUGAAGCGGACCCAGCGGAGACCGAUGGAGCUGCCGCCGCCUCCUUUACGGAUCUGCGCGACCCAGGCUGGAAUGAAUCGCAGCUUCGACAAUAUACUUUCCCAACCCGACCGAUACCGCGACUAUCCCAUACGGAUCCGCGUGCCGAGGUUCUCAUCAAUAACGAGGAGCCUGUUGUAUUAACAGACACCAGUUUAGUAUAUCCAGCUCUAAAAUGGGACAUACCCUACUUGCGAGAGAACAUUGGAAAUGGGGACUUCUCUGUUUACACAGCAGAAAAUCACAAAUUCUUGUAUUAUGAUGAGAAGAAAAUGGCAAACUUUCAAGACUUUGUGCCAAAAUCUCGUCGAAUAGAGAUGAAAUUUUCUGAGUUUGUGGACAAGAUGCAUCAAACAGAAGAACAAGGUGGAUCAGAAAGAGUGUACUUGCAACAAACACUGAACGAUACAGUAGGCCAAAAAAUUGUGGUGGAUUUUCUUGGAUUCAAUUGGAACUGGAUUAACAAACAGCAAGCUAAACGAAACUGGGGACCCUUGACCUCGAAUUUGCUGCUCAUAGGCAUGGAAGGCAAUGUGACACCAGCACACUAUGAUGAGCAACAGAAUUUCUUUGCACAAAUCAAAGGGCAUAAGAGAUGCAUCCUCUUUCCUCCGGAUCAGUUUGACUGCCUCUAUCCUUACCCAGUUCAUCAUCCAUGUGACAGACAGAGUCAGGUUGAUUUUGAAAAUCCUGAUUAUGACAAGUUUCCUAAUUUCAAAAAUGCUGUUGGAUACGAGGCUGUUGUGGGACCAGGUGAUGUCUUAUACAUCCCCAUGUAUUGGUGGCAUCACAUUGAGUCCCUGUUAAAUGGAGGAGUGACCAUCACAGUGAACUUCUGGUACAAGGGGACACCCACUCCAAAGAGGAUAGAGUACCCUUUGAAAGCUCAUCAGAAGGUGGCCAUAAUGAGGAACAUAGAGAAGAUGUUGGGAGAGGCCUUGGGGGACCCACAUGAGGUUGGUCCAUUGCUGAACAUGAUGAUUAAAGGCAGAUAUGAUCAUGGACUGAGUUAAUGGCCUGAGCUGAAGCUUCUUUAGUGUGCUGCUAAGACGGUCUGUUUAUAUGUAUGUGUGAAUUUGGGUAUAUGCUUGUGUAUACAUUCAGACUGUUGAAAUGCCAGUGCAUGGCAGUAUUUUGGCAGUAUAAAGACUUCCGCCUUGUCUGCUUUCAUUUACUGGACCCAUUAUUGCUAGUUUUGUGUUGGUGUAAGAAGAAAACCACUUGUGAGAAAUUGAUUGAUUUGAUCUCCCCUUAAAAAGAGUCCUUAAAUCCAUAUGUGCAGCAUUACAUGCUAAAAAAUAGACUAAUGCAUUAGCAGAGCCUGUAAAGCACUUUUACACCACCCAGAGCGCCUGUUGUCAGGUUUUGUCCCAUGUUGGGACAAAGAAGGUGCCAUAUGCCAUGACUUAACUCCUGUGGUUCUGAGUCCACAAAGUGAAACUGGCAGAGUGCCUCGAUCAUAUCCAUAAAAGAGGAUGAUUUACAACUUGAAAUCUACCAUCGGUUCAUUGACGGGUUUAAACUGUUGAUGUUAUCAUUAUUGAUGGUGUUUUGUGUGUUUGCUUUUGAAUUUGAUCUCAUGACUUCAAUGUUUCAGCCACAAUAUGUUUUUUAAAACAAGGGAUUUCUCAUCCUUUCGUAGCCGACUCACUGAAUUAAAUUUUGCAUUUGUAUAUGCAUUUUUAUUUUUUUCUUUCUUUCUUUUUUAGAUAUGUGUACAUUAAGGAAAAUGUUUUAGUUUCUUGGUGUUCUAUUUUUUUAAUGUAACAUUAUAUGGUACCAUUUCAGUAAGGAUUGUAAUUCAGAACAAACUACACUUGCCAAGUGUUAUCUGUCUCCAUGAAUUGUAAGGAAAUAAAAGAUUUUGAAUGGUU